CUGUGGGAUCAUGUCUACUAAGAAACUUCAUGAAUACACAGGAGGUUUAUACUCGGAGUACGUCGAGGCUCCCUUCAUUAACCACAUUGUGUCAGUCGCAGGCUGGGGAGUAGAAAACGGAACUGAAUACUGGAUUGUGCGCAACUCCUGGGGGCAGCCGUGGGGUGAAAGAGGUUGGCUCAGGAUUGUGACAAGUGCUUACAACGCAGGACAGGGGAGUCUGUAUAAUCUUGCCUUGGAGAAAGACUGCAUUUAUGGAGAUGUAAUUAUCCCGUCAAACUACUAAUAAAGAUUAAAGCUGGUUAAAUUUAAAGUCAAAGCAAUGGUCUUGCAUGUAGUCUCAUGAAUCUUAUAUGCACAUGGGAAAUAAACGAGUGUCUCUGGUUUAACUUUAA